AUGGACCAAGAACUUUUGGAGCGCCUAGCUCAAUUAGAGAGUGAGAAUGCCAACCUACAAAGACAACUUCAAGAUUUGAAUGGAAGACAAGAACAAAAUCACAUUUCUGUACAUCCUCAAGAAGCCAACCUACCUGAUCUUCCACCAGUUCUACCACAGCAUCAGCCAGAUCAUACAGCCCAUUCCGACGAACGACAUGAAGAUCAUCACAUCCACCGGGUAAGCAUAAAACUUCCACCAUUCUGGAAAGAGAAACCAAGGCUCUGGUUUGCCCAAGUUGAGGCUCAGUUUACACUGGCUCACAUCACGAGUGAAACAACUAAAUACUCGUAUGUAAUUUCACAUCUUGAUGAGCGCUAUGCUAAUGAAGUGGAGGAUCUUAUAAUAGAUCCACCUGUUGAAACUCCUUACUCUACUCUUAAGUCUGAAAUAAUCAGACGGUUGUCUCUAUCUGAGGAGCAACGCAUUCGUCAGCUAUUGAUGGAGGAGGAACUAGGUGACAAAACUCCUUCUCAGUUCCUACGCCACCUUCGAUCACUAGUAGGUUCGACCACAAUCCAAGAUAGUUUACUGAAAACUAUUUGGAUGCAGAGACUUCCUGCUCAUGUACAAAGUAUUUUGCAAGUCCAAAUAAGUGCCCAAACUGACACACUUGCAAUUACUGCCGACAAAAUUCUAGCAGUCCAACCUAACGCAUCUUUUUGCCAUUCUCUCACUAGUAUGCCUACAUCUUUGAAUGCCGUUAAUUCACCAAAUCUUAAAUCUUCAUUUUCUGAUGACCCAAAAUUAACUGAAGUUUUAUCAAAAUUAUCUGCUUUGGAGUUGCAAAUGAAAAAUAUGCGUAAAGAUGUUGAUUCCCUACGUGACAGGCGACCUAGGUCACGUCAGAGGAGUUUGUCUAGUAGUCGUUAUCACGCAGGUAGCUCCUCUGACACUACAGAGCAAACCAAUCUAUGCUGGUACCACAAGCGUUUUGGCUAUCAAGCUGAGAAGUGCAUUCCACCAUGCAAUUUCACUUCUCCGACAAACUCCAAAGGCAGCCAGUGA